UCUUGUUUGUUGUAGUCAUUAGCCUAUCCCGCACUAUUCAAAGCCUUCCUAAACUCUGUUUAAAUUCAUGAAAUGCUGUAACUAGAAGAUUCAAUCCUGCAUUUGAAAGUUUUAAGAUGGAACUACUACUCAUCACAAAAAGAGGGCGUCAAAAUCCAAAUAUUAAGCAAAUGAGAAUAAUAGUGUGAUACACAAACACUUAAUCUUGUUCUAGUUUUCAGAUUUGUUCAACUUCCAAAGAGUACUUGCACAAACAGUACCUUGAAUCUCUGUCAUCAUAAUCAAAAUUUUAGUUUUGGUGCCGAAAGAUGGCCAAAUACUUGUGGAUAUAGAAAGCCUGUAUUCACAAGGAAUUUUCGAUGUGGUAUGUUACAUUCCUGUUUCAUGGUUAUUAGAAAUGCUUCUCGGUAAAUGAAAAAUGUACUUGAUCAGUUUCUAUUGGGCAUGAGAUUGCUCGUUUUAAUUUCAAAAACCAAGUGGUCAUUUGAAAUUCGCAGAGUCGGUCUCAUAAAUGUUGUUAGAUCUACUACUUGUGAUUGCUUUGCUGGUGAUCCUCUUUAAUUUAGGUGACAAAUUGAGUUCUUGUAGGUCAAAGUAAAUCCUAUUCAUGAUUUAAAAGAGGGUGUGCUUUUUUAUCCCAAAUUAUUGAAUCAAGCAAUUUCCAGUCUGUUGACGGACACAUGAGCCUACAUGUUAUAUCUCAAUUUAUCACAAAUUUCAGAGCUUGUGGUACAAUAGUGUUAUGAAGUUUCUUCCAUUUUGCACAAUUUGCAAUGUAGGAAGUUUCUCUAAUAAGUAGGGUCAUCUUGUUAUGUUCAUACAUUCUAUUGCCCGUCUUUCAAAUGAUUCACCAUGCCUUUUGCAGCAAUGGCAAACAAAAUUCUUUAGUAAUUCAUUCUUGCAAUGCAAGGAAAGAACGAAAAUUAGAACCAGCCUGAUGCCGUACAUGAAAAUGUUUUCCUUUCCUGUUGAGUAAGGGGCAAACUGCUCUGAUGCCCUCUAUUCUAUCUUGCUCUUUUUUUUUUCUUUUGGUUUCCCAGCUGAUAUUCAGUAUUCAUUUUGGGGCCUAAUUAAUCUGGAUUCGCUCUAGGAAAUGGGAUCAAGCCCGAGAUCUUUGAUUAAUGAUGGAGGUGCACUGAGGACAACAUAGUUCUCCGUUGCAAAAUUGGAAAAAAAUACCAUGUGCCAAUACAGGAGCUUUAUUAGUGCUAAUAGUUCCAAAAUUAUGGUAGUAAAAAAUUAUUAGAUGGUUACAAAUGACAGGUGCAUUGCAAGAUAAUCAAAUGAGGAUUCAAACUGCAUUCACUACCCAUCUUUAUGACUUGCCGUGAUUUCCAGGGGAUUCAAUUAUCAAUUGAAAAUGAUAACAUUUGAAUUGCCUUAAUUUAUAAUCACAAUGUUAGUACUAUAAAUACCAUAGCAACUCUAAACAAUUCAUCCACAACAUUCUAACAGAGACAUACAGUAGAAUCAACAAAAAGUUCAAAUGGCUUUGACAAUCAAUUGGAAAUCUGCCUUUUUAGCUCUAGCUGUGUUAACAAUGUGGACUACUGAAGCCACAUCUCGUGAGUUGAACGAAGCCUCGAUGGUCCAGAAACACGACAAGUGGAUGGCUCGCUUUGGACGUGUGUACAGAGAUGAUGCAGAGAAGGCAAAAAGGUUCAAUAUAUUCAAGGACAAUGUUGAUUACAUCGAGUCAAUCAACAAGGCUGGAAUGAGACCUUAUAAGUUGAGCAUCAAUGGAUUUGCAGAUUUGACCAAUGAGGAAUUCAGAGCCACUCACAACGGAUACAAACCGUCUUCUCAUCAGAAGUCAUCAAUAACCGUAUCAUUCAGGUACGAAAAUGUGACUGCUCCAGCUACCAUGGAUUGGAGAAAGAAGGGUGCUGUUACUGGAGUUAAGGAUCAAGGGCAAUGCGGAUGUUGCUGGGCAUUUUCUGCUGUUGCUGCUACUGAAGGGAUCAACGAGAUCAAAACUGGUAAGUUGAUCUCCUUGUCUGAGCAAGAACUCGUGGACUGCGACACAAGUUCAGAUAUGGGAUGUGAGGGAGGUCUUAUGGAUGAUGCUUUUAAGUUCAUCAUCAAGAAUCACGGGCUUACUACUGAAUCUAAUUAUCCGUACGAGGGAACGGAUGGCACUUGCAAAACUGGAAAGAAAUCCAAUGACGCUGCUAAGAUUACUGGUUAUGAAGAUGUCCCAGCCAACAGUGAAUCUUCUCUGUUGAGUGCUGUUGCUAACCAACCUGUAUCAGUUGCCAUUGAUGCUAGUGGAUCAGAUUUCCAAUUCUAUUCUAGUGGUGUUUUCACUGGAGAAUGUGGAACAGAGUUAGAUCACGGUGUUACAGCAAUUGGAUAUGGAAUAACUAGUGAUGGGACAAAGUAUUGGUUAGUCAAAAACUCGUGGGGAACCAGCUGGGGCGAGAACGGUUACAUUAGAAUGCAAAGAGGCAUUGAUGCUAAGGAAGGAGUUUGCGGUAUUGCUAUGCAAGCUUCUUAUCCAACUGCUUAAUUAAAUAGCUGAAAAGCUUGAUAGAAAGUUGCUAUUGAUUCAUCUUUAAACACUACUGUAAAUAUGUAAUUCACCUUGUUCAUACAUAUGUGGUGUGUAUAUGUUACCAACUCGUUGUAUGUAAAUUCUAAGUGCUAAACAAAAGUUUGCAUCUGAAAAAGUUUCAGCAUUCAGCUAUGAACACA